UUUGGACUAUGCGAUGGAAGACAAUGACCCCAUCAGUAAAGCAUUUUUCUAUCGCAAGGACAAGCCUGACAAAGCAAUCCCAAUAUCCAAAUCAAAGGUGUCCAAGUUUCUCCCACAGCACUUUUCUGACGAGAUACUUGGGGUUUACUGGAAGAACCAUGAAGGACUGCAAGGAAAAGAGAGAAAAAAUAAAGAAAAAGAGGUCAAAAAAUUCUUUAAAACCCAGUGCGAGGACUAUGGCUUUGAGAUACAGAAUGCAGAAGAGGAUGGUGGCAAUGACAGUCAAACUCCAGUACCAGUCAAUCUGAACAUGUGAAAGAUUCAGAUAUCAAGUUUUUGUGUGACUGUAAGGAUUUUAAUAUAGGAGAAUUGAAUCAGAAAAUUUAUGCAGUUUGGGUAUUUUCCAUUUUUCAGUUUAAAUGUUAGCUGUCUGGUUUAGUCUAGAUAUGAAAUGUUAUCAAAAUAUUACAUACUGAAUGACUUUUAAUCAGUUUUUUGGAUUGAUAAUAAGUGAUACUAACUACUUCCUUCAACAUAUAUCAAUAUGAAAUAAACUUUUGAUAAUCUAAUAUUAAUUAUUUAGUGUAAUGUUCCAACUACUAAAUAGAGCGCCUAGUUUCGAUACAUGCAAUUUUGGGUACUCUUGUGACUUGCUCAUUGUGUGGAAAUUCAUUAUUUUUCAUGUCAUUGCUAAAUGAAAAUCUACAGAAGUUAAAAUCUUUCAGCUGUUUUCCUGUUCCAAUUUGUUUACUCCUGAUUUCUGGUAAAUUCAAGAUAAAGCUCUUUUUCUCUUA